AUGGCGAACAGUCUUUGUUGUUGCAAGGCAAACGUCGAUCUGGACGUGGGGCGGACUCUUUUCUCGGUGUGGAUUCGACAGCGGCUACACGAAUGGAACAGGGAAUAUUUGGGAGAAGAAUUCCGUCAAAUUGAAAAAGCUGCCGACACAUUUCCCUCACAUCUGUUCUUUCGAAAGCAUUUGGAAUCAUCAUCUCCGACUGACUACACACGUUCCACGAACGUGAAGGAAUACUGGGCGACUGCCAGUAUGGCUUUCGGCAAAGUCGUUCCACCGGUGACCUACUGGCUCCCGUCUUACAAUCCUGGUCGGCUGCACUCGAUAAGCAUGGAGAAACACAGUUGUUCACGCUUACUAGCUCAAAAGUCUUCAAUCGAGUUUCGCACCAAGGUAAACAGCUUACCUGUUGCCCUAGCUGCAAAUUUUGUGACUCCAACUGUUCGGGAACUCGCUUUGACCUUUGUAGCAGCUGCACUGACCAACUUCUUGGCUAUUCGAUUCUUGAUUGAAGAUCCACCUGUGGAUGACCUCAUGGAUGAGCCGAUUUUCACUGGUCGCCUUGGCUGCGAUCGCUUGUGA